AUGUACAAAAAAAAAGAUUUAUUAUAAUUUUCUUUGAUUCUAUUAUUCUAUUAUAAAUUUACUAUUCAAAAUGGAAGUUUAAUGGAUUUCAUAGAAGGGAAAAUUUAUCAAAGACUUCAAAUAUUCUCUAGUUAGGGUACUCAAUCAAUUAAUUAUAUUGGAAAUUUAUUGGGGAAUCCAAAUGAACAAUUAAUCAUAAUAUAAUACAAUUCAAUAUUGAAUGAUGAAACAGAAGUGCUUAAAUAAAUUAAAAGAUAAUAAAAUGAAAUACAACCUAGAUGCCAACAUAUAAUUAAAAUACUUGGAAUAUAGGAUUAGACAUAAUCAAAAUUAUUAAUUGUUAUGGAAAAAGCUAAAGGCAAUAUCUUAGACUUAAUCAAUUCUUAUAAAUCUCUUAGUUUCGUUUAGAAAAUAAGGAUAUUUGAAUUAGUAAAAAUAUUAUAUUUUAAAAAUGGUAAAAGGAGUGAUAGAAUUACAUAAUUUAGGUUAUUUUCAUAGAGAUCUGAAACCAGAAAACUUUGUCUAUUAUGAAAAUAAAAAUAAAGAUUAUAAGGUCAAAUUAAUAGAUUUUGGGUUAGCAAUAAAAGACUCCACAAUUUAUGCUACAGAGCUAGUUGGGACUUUAAAUUACAUGGCACCUGAAGUAAUGGUAGCAAAGGAGAUAUAUGUUAAGACUGAUGAUAUUUGGAGUUUUGGAAUUAUAUUAUAUGAACUACUUACAUCAUAAAAAAUUUUAUAAGGUUCUUAAUUUAAUUAAUUUUAGCUAAGAACGAAAAAGAAUUCAAAUAAUAAAUGUUUCAGUUAUCUUAAGAGUAGAUAGAUAAUAAAAUAAACAAAGUGGAUGAUAUAGAAUAACAAGAAAUGAAGUUAAUAAACUAGAUAUUAUAAAAAGAUAGUAAAAAAAGAAUUAAAUUGGAAAUGUUAUUAUUGAAAAUAUAUGAGUAUUUCCAUAAAAUAAAGUAAUAAGAAGAAGAAAACUUAUUAGAAUUACAAUAAAUAAGAUAAUCGUCGAUUAAUAAAUUGGAACUCUUUAAAAGUAUAAUUGUGAUAUUCAUUUAAAAUCUAAAUUAAAGGUUAGAAAUAGUUAAUAAUAUAUAAGAUAAUAAUCUCAUAAUGGAAAAAAUUAUGAAAUAAAAUAUUUUACUUGAAUAGCAAAUAAUGAAGGAAAAAGAGGAAUAAUUGAAAAUACAACAAGAGUAGUUAUUGAAAAAGGAACAAGAGGAGGAAUUUAAAAAAAGAGUAAGAAAAAUAUCAAUCUUUAUUUUUAAUUGUUAGAUAAUUGUCAAGUUCAUAAAUUACUCAGAUUAAAACAAUUUCAGAAGAAAUUAACUUUUAUCAAAGAAUCUAAAGAUAUAUUUUAGGAGAAGAGUAGAUUUUAUAUGUGAUAACAUAGCAUUAAACAAUAACAUAAGAAAUCUAAGGGUUAGAAUUAUAGGUCAAGAUAAAAUUGUAAUUUGA